AUGGUUAAUAUUGAAUCAACAUCCAAUGCCAUCUGGUGGAUUAAAAAUCCGAAUGCUGGCAAAGUGGGCAAAGCAGAUGCAGCUGUAGGCAAGGGAGCUGGGGGCAAAGGAGAUGAGCGCAAGGCAUCGCUUGGCUCGAGCUUUUCUCUGGAUAUGGUAGAAUUGCUGCGCAAUAUAUCCUUGCAGGGCUACAACAAACUAUUGGCGCCGGAGUUGACGUUGCUGGAGAGAUUAAUUUGGCUGGCACUGCACAUGACCACGUUCCUCGCAAUGCUGGCGGUGCUGCUGCUUACCUGGGAGCAAUUUAUCGCCCAGUACUUUGUCAUCAAUCUGAAGGAUCCACUUUAUCCCGUCGAAAAUGUGCCAUUUCCGGCUGUGUCAAUAUGCCCCAACAAUCGUCUCUCCAUGCAGUCCGUCUUCACCUAUGCCCGCGAGUUGUAA